UAAAUCAAGAGAAAAACAAAAUUGAUAAAAGCUUGUAUAACUGUUCAAUUUAAGGUAGAAAAUGGAAGAAUGAUACUUAAGGUGACAUUGUUUUUGAUCUUGCAUCAAACUUGGCUUCUUCUAUAAAAUUAUUAGAUAUACACAAGAACCUUCAUCACCCAAUUAAUCGAUGAAGGAGAUGAAUGAAAUUGAAAAGGCAACAACUUCCUCUUUAGAAGAACAAGAAGAUGCAACAAAACACGAUAAGGAAAGCAAAAAGGUGGAAGGGAAUAUGGACAAAAAGAAAGUCCCUUUCUAUAAAAUGUUCAGUUUUGCUGAUUCAAUCGAUAAGACAUUGAUGAUCAUAGGAUCCAUAGGAGCUAUUGCAAAUGGAGUAGCAAUGCCCUUAAUGGCUAUCCUUCUAGGUGAUUUUGUUGAUGCUUUUGGUCAAAAUCAAAACUCCAAACAAAUUGUCCAUGUUGUCUCCAAGGUGUCUCUAAAAUUUGCUUACUUGGCUGUUGGAACUGCUAUUGUUGCCUUUCUUCAGGUGGCUUGUUGGAUGAUAACAGGAGAAAGACAAGCGGCAAGAAUGAGAAACUUGUAUCUUAAAACAAUACUUAGACAAGACAUUGCCUUCUUUGACAAAGAAAUCACCACUGGAGAAGUCAUUGGAAGGAUGUCUGGUGACACUGUUCUCAUACAAGAUGCACUUGGGGAGAAGGUUGGACAAUUCAUACAGUUGAUAGCAACAUUUAUCGGAGGAUUUGUGGUUGCAUUUGUAAGAGGAUGGCUUCUAACUAUUGUGAUGUUGUCUGUGAUACCCUUCCUUGCAACUGCUGCUGCAUUUAUGACCAUUUUUAUUUCAAAAAUGGCAACAAAAGGCCAAACUUCUUAUGCAAAGGCUGCUGUUGUUGUUGAGCAAACUCUCGGUUCCAUUAGAACGGUGGCAUCAUUUACAGGCGAGAAAGAAGCAAUAGGAAAGUACAACAAAGCAGUAGGAAGUGCAUAUAAAGCAGGAAUUCAAGAAGGAGUAACAACAGGAUUGGGGCUUGGUGUGGUUACUUUCAUUAUAUUUAGUAGUUAUGCUUUAGCCAUUUGGUUUGGUUCCAGGAUGAUUCUUCGUGGACAUUACACUGGUGGCGACGUUAUUAAUGUCAUUGUUGGCGUCAUUAUCGGUUCUAUGUCACUAGGACAAGCAUCUCCCAGCAUGACAGCAUUCGCAGCAGGCCAAGCAGCAGCAUACAAAAUGUUUGAGACCAUUAAUAAAAAACCAGAUAUUGAUCCAUUUGAUCCGAAUGGGAAAGUAUUAGAAGACAUCCAUGGAGAUAUUACAUUUAAAGAUGUUUCUUUCAGUUACCCCACAAGACUUGAAGAACAUAUUUUUAACGGGUUUUCUCUUACAAUUUCAAGUGGCACAACUGCAGCUUUGGUCGGUCAAAGUGGGAGUGGUAAAUCAACUGUCAUUAGUCUUAUAGAGAGAUUCUAUGAUCCUCAGGCUGGAGAGGUUUUAAUUGAUGGGAUCAAUAUCAAAGAAUUUCAACUAAGAUGGAUCAGGCAAAAAAUUAGCCUAGUGAGUCAAGAGCCUGUAUUAUUUGGUUUAUCAAUCAAGGAUAAUAUUGCAUAUGGAAAAGAUGGUGCGACAAUUGAAGAGAUAAAAGCAGCAGCUGAGUUUGCAAAUGCCGCUAAGUUUAUUGAUAAACUACCACAGGGACUCGAUACAUUGGUCGGUGAACAUGGAACUCAACUGUCUGGAGGGCAAAAGCAAAGGGUGGCCAUAGCAAGGGCCAUUUUGAAAGAUCCACGGAUUUUACUUUUAGAUGAAGCUACAAGUGCAUUAGAUGCUGAAUCUGAGAGGAUUGUGCAAGAAGCAUUGGACAGAAUAAUGGUAAAUCGAACCACUGUUAUUGUUGCCCACCGUUUAAGUACAAUACGAAAUGCUGAUAUGAUUGCAGUUAUUCAUCAAGGAAAGGUGGUUGAGAAAGGUGUGCACUCAGAAUUGCUAAAGGAUCCCAAUGGAGCAUACUCUCAACUUAUACAUUUACAAGAAAUAAGAAAAGAGUCUGAACAACCUAAAGAUGCAAGAGAACUGUCGAGCCAAUCUAGUCUGAAAAGAUCAUCCUUAAGAUCAUUGAGUCGUGGCUCCUCAUCUGGUAGGAUUAGCAGUGCUCGUAUCUCAUUAUCAGCUAUGUCUGGACUAUUAGGAGCAGAUCCUGUGGAAACUAGCGUUGGGUUACCCCCUUCUGAAGAACAAUCUGAAGUUUCUAUCAAGCGUCUUGCCUCGCUCAACAAACCCGAAACCCCAAUACUUAUGCUUGGAUGUAUUGCUGCCAUUGCUAGUGGUGCUGUCUUUCCAGUAUUCAGCAUAAUUUUUGCAAAUGCUAUUGAAAUGUUUUACAAGCCAGCUCCAAUAUUGAGAAAGGAUUCAAGGUUUUGGUCCCUGAUGUUUGUAGUCAUUGGUUUGGGAGGUAUGGUAUCGUAUCCAGCUCGAAGCUAUUUCUUUGCCGUAGCUGGGUGUAAGUUGAUACGAAGGAUAAGAACAUUGUGCUUUGAAAAAGUACUCCAUAUGGAGAUUGGUUGGUUUGAUGAACCAGAGAAUUCAAGUGGUGCCAUAGGUGCACGACUUUCUGCUGAUGCUGCAACUGUACGUGCUUUGGUUGGAGAUGCGUUGGGUUUGCUUGUUCAAAAUAUUGCAUCUGCUAUAACCGGUUUACUAAUUGCUUUUCUGGCAAACUGGAUUCUUUCAUUUAUUGUCCUUAUAAUAAUUCCCCUUAUAGGACUUAGUGCUUAUUUUCAAGUAAAGUUUAUGAAGGGGUUCAGUGAAGAUGCUAAGAAGAAGUACGAGGAAGCUAGCCAAGUUGCAAAUGAUGCAGUUGGAAGCAUAAGAACGGUUGCUUCUUUCUGUGCCGAGGAGAAGAUAAUGCACCUAUAUGAAAUGAAAUGCGAGGCCCCUAUACAAGCUGGUAUAAAGCGAGGUUUGGUCAGUGGGGUUGGUUUCGGAGUGGCCUUUGCUUGCCUUUUUGGUGUAUAUGGAACAUGCUUUUAUGCAGGUGCUCAGCUUGUUAGCCAUGGGAAAACAACUUUUACUGAGGUUUUCCAAGUAUUCUUUGCGCUCGCCAUGGCAUCUGUAGGAAUAUCACAAACAAGCUCUUUAGCUCCCGAUACAAGCAAAGCCAAGAUUGCCACUGCUUCUGUAUUCGCAAUUCUUGAUCGUCAGUCAAAGAUAAACCCAAGUGAUGAAUCAGGGCAGACUAGUGAUAAUGUGAAGGGGGAUAUAGAACUUCGACAUGUCCGCUUUACAUAUCCUACUAGGCCUAAUGUUCAGAUAUUUCAAAAUCUAUGCUUGACCAUUCAUGCGAGGAAGACAGUGGCUCUUGUUGGGGAGAGUGGGAGCGGAAAAUCAACAGUCAUUUCCCUUUUGCAAAGAUUCUAUGAUCCAGAUUCUGGUGUUAUUACCCUGGAUGGGAUUGAAAUUCAAAAGCUGCAGUUAAAGUGGUUAAGGCAACAAAUGGGACUAGUUAGCCAAGAACCGGUUCUUUUUAACGAAACAAUACGUGGUAACAUCGCUUAUGGAAAGGAAGGCAAUGCUACUGAGGAUGAAAUAGUUAAUGCUGCAAAGCUAGCAAAUGCUCACAAUUUCAUUAGUAGCCUUCAAGAGGGCUAUGAUACAUUAGUAGGAGAAAGAGGAGUUCAACUAUCAGGAGGCCAAAAGCAACGAGUUGCAAUCGCGCGUGCUAUAAUAAAGAAUCCGAGAAUACUAUUACUAGAUGAAGCUACAAGCGCGCUUGAUGCUGAAUCGGAAAGAGUAGUGCAGGACGCAUUGGAUCAAUUCAUGGUGAAUCGGACCACCAUCGUUGUUGCUCAUAGGCUUUCCACAAUCAAAAAUGCUCAUGUGAUUGCUGUCAUUAAGAAUGGUGUAGUUGCUGAGAAAGGGAACCAUGAAACUCUACUUCAUAUUAAAGAUGGACUAUAUGCUUCACUUGUUGCACUCCAUAUUUGUGGAUCCUCCUAGAAAAUGCUGGAUCUUUUAUGUCUUCGUGUUUAUAAAUAUCGUAAUAUUUUCUGAUGUAAUGGUAAAAUUAAAUCGAAUCUAAGUUUGAAAUUAAACCAA